AUGAAAGUUCCUGAAGGUCUCCCUAAUCCUCAUCAAAAAGUUUGUCUCUUGGAAAAGUCCCUUUAUGGACUUAAACAAGAUUCUAGGCAAUGGUUUGCCAAGCUUGUUCAUGAGCUUCUUUUACAAGGUUUUGCACAGAUAUUGCCAGUAUUACUCAGCUCAAAAGUCACCUUCAUUCCACUUUUAGCAAUCAAAGAUCUAGGGAAGAUGCACUACUUCCUAGGCAUUGAGAUUGGUUAUUCUUCUUCUGGUAUUUGCAUGACUCAAAAGAAAUUCACCUCUGAGAUAUUACAGUGCUCCAAGCUCACAAAUACUAAGUCAGCAGUUACUCCUUUGCCUCUCUGCUUGAAAUUACAAGCAAAUGAAGGUGCUCUUUAUCCUGACCCUGAGUAUUAUAGGAUGAUGGUGUGCAAGUUGAAUUUUUGGACUCAUACUAGGCCUGACCUAGCUUAUACUGUUCAAACCUUGAGCCAGUUCCUUCAUUCUCCCAGAGAUCCCCAUGUCCAAGCUCUCCAUCAUACACCAAGGUAUGUUCAAGGCACAGUUGGUCAAGGCAUCCUCCUAUGUGGUUCUACUCAACCUAUCCUUCAAGCCUACUCUGAUUCUGACUGGGCUUCCUGCCUUGACAGUAGAAGGUCUAAUACUGGAUACAUAAUGAUGCUUGGGAACUCUCCUAUCAGCUGGAAAUCCAAGAAACAAGGCAUUGUUUCCUGUUGGAAAUAUUAG